UCUCCCCCUCCCCCAUCUGUCUCUAAUUGGUCUGCUCUGACAGGAUUACGGGAGUUUCCUCAAUUGAGCAGCAUCGCCAAGUGAAAGGCUGUGGCAUCCAGGGGAGAAGAUACGGAAAACUCUGCUGUAGUUGCUUCAAAACCACUGUAUCUAUUGUUUUUCUUUCCAUCCAGUGGAUUAGAUGCUUGUGGUUGACAGUGGCCGGCGGUUGUAGCUCAAGGAUUCCCGGAUUAAAAUAAUCAUCAGUGACAUCUCUGCUGUUUCUGCUGCUGCACCUCUAAUGUGGUUCUCCAACGCGCCCGGAUUUCUCUGAACCCGCUCUCCAGAUCCUUCAGCCGGCACAAUGACUCGGAUUUUGUGGGAUGCUAUUUUUCUCAUAAGCGGUUCCUUCUUUACUUUUGGAGCAGGUCCAAGCAGAUCGGCUGUGAUUGAAGCGAAUGUUUCCAUCGACACAAUCGCCACCUCUGUGCCAGAUGCAUCCAGUAACAGCUCUUUGACCACCAGUGGCAAAGGAACAAGCACAGUUAACUUUCUUACAAGUAGAAGUUCUCUUUUUACAGAGCAAACAAAUUCAACAGUCACAGAUGCUGCAGUUAGUCUUAAUACCUCUGCUGCUGCUUCUCGCACCCCAACAAGCAGCUCCUCGACAACAAUCAGCAGCACAAACUCGACAACCAGAAGACCUGCUGCAACAACCAGCAAACGUCCAGUUAAAAAGUUUGUGGCUGCGGCUGUUCGGUCUCAUUUCGAUGACUGUCCUGACUCUCAUCAGCAUUUCUGCUUUCAUGGCACCUGCCGCUUCCUGAUCCUGGAGGAGACGCCUGCAUGUGUGUGUCAUCCAGGCUUUGUCGGGAUGAGGUGUGAGCACGCAGACCUGCUAGCUGUAGUAGCAACCAACCACAGAAAGCAGGCUGUGGCCACAGUGCUCGUGCUGUGCGUGAUUGGAUGUGUCCAUCAUGGUGUUGUGUUCGUUCUUACACUGGUGGAGGGAGGACUGUCGGAGGCGGAGUCGAGCGCAUCUCUAUGUGGCAGAAAAGCACGGAGCGACAUGCUAUCCACCAGAGAGUGUGGUUUGACGAGACGCUGUGUGGCGCCUCUGACCCUGGAGAUUCUUCGAAAGCGAUCAAGAACAUCAGAGAAAACGAUGGAUGCGUGCGCCUUGCUCUCACUUUCAGUGGCUACACACUCAGAACUGCGUCAGUCUGUUUGGACCUCAUAUCACGUUUCUGGAUGACCCAGAGGACAUCGACUCAACUGACUCUGCUAAAUAUUCAACCAUUUUUAACUAAUGGCUUCAGGAUGACCGUUAGCUUUUCUCAUAGUUGAGAAGACCACAGUUCCUAUUUUUAUCUUUUUUUUUUAUCGUCUCUGCACGUUUUUCCUCAGAAGUCGUUGCGCACGAAGGACAUUUUAGUAAGUGGUGGUGUGGGGGAAACUGAUGCUUUAAACAUGUUUUAGUGUCUGUUUUUUAUAAAAGAAGGAACUCACUUCACCCGAUAGAAGUAGGAAUUGUUUAACUGGUCUGACUGAGGUCACAUUUCCUGGACUUUAGUUUUUAUAAACAGUGAUCUACAGCAUAAAGUUGCUCUGAUAAACCUUGGAGGAAAACCGUAAAUUCCUACAUGGAAGCUGUCAGCUAUUUUAAUUCCUGAGUUGUUGAGUGAUUUUCUCAGAUUUGCAAUCUGUAAUGGUACCAAUGUAUGUGCGUCCUGGGUGGUCACACUUUUUGUUCUCUAUGCUAUUUUUUUUUUUUAUAAAGGUGCACUUUUUUAAGGUUUUUUGCUCUUUUUGUAAAUAUAAACUUUACACACUGCACGUUGCUUUAUGGUAGCAUCCACAUGUGGAGAUGCCAAAAUAAAACCACUAAUUCUGCCUGAAUGAGCACCGAACAAGCACAGUUUGUACUCAUCAUCUGGGGAUGCAUGCAUGGAGUCAUCUAAAUGAAAAGCAGUGUGUUACAGCUUUGGCUCUAGUUUGAUAUUUAUUUAUCUUUUUUUAAAAAAAGAGAAAAGCCUCAAAAUGCUUGAAGAACUUUUUGAAGGAAUUUAUAAUGCUGGCAUGCCUGAGUUUGUGCUUUGUGUGUCGGGGGAAAGAAAAAAACAGAUUGUGCAGCGAAUGUUCUGGUAUCUGUAUGCCAAAAAACCCCGAAGAUGACGAUAAACUUUAUUGUUUACAA